AUGGGCGACCGGAGCAGCUGGAGCUACUAUCCGGGUCGCGGCUCCCCCUUCUCGAGCAGCCUUGCUGACAAUGGACCCCGCAAUCUUUCCGGUCAUUUCGAGUACAUAGGCGACGACCACGACCUAUACACUCGAUCGCCUGCCCGCCCAUCCUUCUCCACCAGCAAUGACUACCCCGAACUAGACGACAAUGACCCAAACGCCCCCGACCGCGUCCACUGCCGAUAUAUGGCCUCCAGCUUCCCCGUCGACUUCCCUGCCUACUCCAUCAACGAAGAAAAGACACUUGUUGAAGAUUUACGGAGGAAGGUCGCCGAUCGGCUCGGUGUUGACCCUCGAAAAGUGCGUCUGAUUUACAAGGGCCGUGAUCUGAAGCGCAAUCAACACUCGCUCAAGCGUCACAAAAUGAAGCAGAACAGCGAGGUUUCCGUCGUUAUAACAGAAAGAGCCAUCGACUACUAUGCCGGAGACUCCAACUCAGAGAGCGGCUCCGAUAGAGAUUCCAACAACUUCCUCAGUGCCAACCCUCGCCGUCAGCAGAGACCUCGCGCCCAUUCCACUGUACGCUUCCGAAGUGACGAGAAGAUUCCAGUCCUGGAGCCCAACGGUGGUGGGGCGUACCUCAGUCCCAAUGGUCACGUCCCCUCUACUCCCGUCGACCACGAUCGCUAUCGUGGACGCGAACGCGAGCCCUCAAGGGAGCCGGCACCGCGCCGACGUGAGCCUUCUCGUGAGCCACCUCGCCGCGCCGUUUCACCUGCUCCACCACCGAAGCCUGCUUCGCCGCCUGCCGAUCCAAACAGCCCGCUCGGCAAAGUACAAGCUCUCGCAAGCACCUUCUACACCCAGUUUCUGCCACCUGCAGCCAAAUUUCUCGCUUCACCGCCAGCUGACUCUGCCACUCGGGAAAAGGAGUUUUUGAAACUUAGUGAAUCAAUCAUGGCCAAGGUCGUCCUGGCCGCAGACAAUAUCGAAACCGAGGGCAACAUGGAUGCCAGAAAUGAGAGAAAGGCUCUCAUCAACGAAGCCAAUAAGAUGCUCAAGCAGCUGGAUGUUGCUCGACAUGGUUAA